UGUGUGUGUGCAUGUGUGUGUGUGUGUGUGUGUGUGUGCAUGUGUGUCUGUGCAGCUGUGGUUACACAGGUGUGAUAGCCUGAAGGCAGGUUCUCUAGCAAGGCACAACACCACAGCUGGAUGCCCCGCACUCCAUCUGACUAACCCUCUCGCUCUUCUCGCUCUUCAACCCUCUCAUCCUUUUUCAUCUCCAUUUCUCCAGUACUUCAUCUCUUCUGUCUUCAUCACAAGUCAAAACAAAUUGCAGUGGCACUGGGACCAACUUGACUGUGGACUCGUUUUGACUCAGCUCUGGCAUGCUGCAAGAAUAGGCAGAGAGUAACGAAGAGAUGAAGUGUCAGUCAGCCUGUCGUCCUGCUGCGAACAUGAAAGUCAUCCAUCAUGAAUGAUUCUGAAGGAGAAAGAAGUUCCUCCCUCUUUUCUCUGAACACUGACUGAAUAGCAAACAGGGUCAGCUGCAGAAGAACAUCACUGCUGGAUACAAAUCCUCAAGGACAGUCCCCGUACUCGGUACAACACCCUGCUGGCUAAAUUAAAGAGACUACAAAAUCCAUCUUGAUGUUAACUGAACAGAAACAAGCAGGGAGACAAAAUCAUGCUGGAAGUAAAAGCCUGGUGUGGUGCUCUGCAGAACUAUACCACAGUGAGGAAGAGCUGCAUCCCCAGGCCCUUCACCCAUGGAGAAAUCAAGGCAAGGGACUGGUCAGGGUGAGGAGAGACUGGAUCAUCCCUCCAAUCAGAGUGUCUGAGAACAGCAAGCAGGUUCCUGAAAACCUUGUCCAGAUCAAAUCAGACAAAAUCUUUACAAGUAAGGUGAUCUACAAAUUAGAGGGACCAGGAGUGGACCAGGAGCCCAAGAAUCUGUUUGAGAUUGAUGACCGAACAGGAAUAAUCAGGAGCAAGCGGCCGCUGGACAGAGAGAAAUACAGCAGUUUCGCACUGAAAGCCUUUGCACUGUCCCCCAGUGGAGAGAGACUAGAGAAUCCCACCACCAUAGAGAUAAUGGUGCUGGAUCAGAAUGACAACAGACCUGCCUUCACCCACAGCCAGUUUAUUGGCACUGUCCCUGAGUUCUCAGUCCCAGGCACAUCGGUGAUGUCAGUGUCGGCCACUGAUGCAGAUGACCCAAUGACAGAAAACGCUCUUCUUAGCUACUCUAUCAUUGGCCAGGAGAGCUUUCCUGGCAACACUGUUAACAAGACUAUGUUUGGCAUCAACAACGAGACGGGAGCCAUUUACACAAGAGAUGUUGGCCUGGACCGAGAGGUGGUGAAGAGUUUCCGAUUAAAACUGCAGGUUGCUGAUAUGGGAGGCAUGGGACUGACAAGCGAUGGUGUAGCAAUCAUACAUGUAUCUGAUAUCAACAACCAUGCCCCACAGUUCAGCCCUGUCUCGUACAGGAUGACAGCAGUGGAGAACAGGAAGGACUAUGAGAUUGGCCGGGUGAAUGUGACAGACAGUGAUGAUCGUGGAACAGAAAACUGGAAAGCCAGAUAUUCCAUUUCCAGUGAUCCUAACAGCAACUUCGCCAUUUCUACGGAUCCUGCCACCAACCAGGGCAUUCUGACAGUAGUGAAGCCCCUGGAUUAUGAGGCACAAAGUCAGCACAUCCUGAUUCUGACAGUGGAAAAUCUCAAUCCUCUGAGCAACAAGGCUCCCAACCUGCCAGUGAGCACUGCUACAGUGCUUGUUACUGUUGUGAAUGAGAACGAAGCUCCACAUUUCAGAGAGGAUCCUAUACAGAUUGUGGUUCUUGAGUCUGUGGGUCCUGGGACACUGUUGAAAAGCAAUAUUGCCUAUGACCCUGAUCAUUCUGAUCUGAGGUUUGAGAUUAGCAGAGAUCCUGAAAGGUGGCUGGAUAUCAACAGAGACACAGGAGACAUUACAGCCAGGAGAACCUUUAACAUGCGAUCUCCACAUGUUAAAAACAACGUCUACAGUGCUAUUGUCAAGGUUAUAGAUGCUGAUGGUGUGUCAAACACUGCCACAGUUGCCAUCACGCUGAAGGAGACCAAUGACUUCCCCCCUCAGCUCUUCCCUCUGAGUGGCUCUGUAUGCCAGGGUGCAGGGCGAAGUUCUCGUCUGGUUGUGACUGCUGUGGAUGAAGACCUUCCUCCACAUGCUGCACCCUUCACCUUUGAAAUACCUGAUGAUCUGUCAACCAACUGGACCGUAAUUCAGGUCAACGAUACUCAUGCUGUGCUUCAGCCCCUCGUAGAGCUGGAGGCAGGAGAGUAUGCAGUCACGGUGCUGGUGUCAGACUCCGGCAGCCCAGCUCUGAGUGCUUACGCUCAGGUUAAUGUCACGGUGUGUCUCUGUGACUCCUCUGGAGAUUGUAAAUCUGAGGUGGGAGCCAUCCUAGGCUCCAGUGUCGGCAUCAGCUUCAUCGCUCUCGGUAUCAUUGUGGCCAGUAUAGCACUCCUACUGUUGCUGCUCCCCCUUGCUGUGGCAGUGACCGCCUGCAGGAGACGCCACCACAUCAUGAAAGGAACGGGCCUGCUUGUUGGGGAAUCAGAGGAUGACGUCCGUGACAAUGUCUUCAACUAUGAUGAGCAAGGAGGGGGUGAGGAGGAUGAGAAUGCGUUUAACGUUGACCUCCUGUGGAAUCCCCAUGAUGCAACCCCAGGGUCCUUCUACCCAGGAUAUGGUGUUCCUCGAGGCAAGCAGCCCCUCAGGAAGGAUGCCCCGCAUAACCUGCCUUCCCCCUCCUACCCCAGGAGGCCUCCUGCAGAUCCCACUGACCUUGAGGACUAUAUCAAUGAUGGCCUCGAGGCUGCUGACAGUGAUCCUAACGUGCCUCCAUAUGACACAGCGUUGAUCUAUGACUAUGAGGGAGAGGGCUCUCUGGCAGGCAGCCUCAGCUCCAUUGCUUCAGGCAGCUCUGAUGGAGACCAGGACUAUGACUAUCUCAACGACUGGGGACCCCGCUUUCAGAAACUCGCCAACAUGUAUGGCCCGAGUUAAGGUGGAGAACGCUGCAGAAAGAGAACCUGACAAAGAUCAUGCCUCAGGUGUUUGUUCUGAACACAUUUGAAAAGAUUUUAGACCAGGGCAGGAUUUAAAGUGCUAUGCAACACCACGGGCCUUACCGUGCCUUAGACUUUAGUGAGAAUUAUUUGGACACACCUGAAAAAUGGCUGUUGCAAUGAUUUGUAGUUUGCUCAGGUAAAUGAGACAGUAAAAUCAUGCGUUGAUAGGAUCAGCUCCGAGGAAAGGAGCUCUGCAUAAUGCAAAGCAAACAGAAGUGUUGAAAUGUGUGUCCACGUAUGGUUUAGUUUAUCCUCAGACUUGGAUCGUUCAGUAAUGGUGCAUACGACAAGCCAGAGAUAUAAAGACAAUCUUUUAAAUGUUCUCUUUUUUUAUAUGCGAUUAUUUUAUAAGAUGAAUUUGCUUUGAUAUUGAGUUGUUUUUUUUUAUUAUCAUAAAUCCUCCAUUCCAGCAUGUUUAUCUUUUUGCAAACUAUCUCGGUACAGAAUAUUAAUCAGCAUAAGAAUAUUCUGUAAUGAAACUGGAGGUGAAGACUU